ACAAUCGCUGCUCUCGGCAAUAAGUAUCUGGUGCAUGCUUCUGUAAACCGCUUCUUCUCUCUGAACGACAAAGAAGGCGAUUACCCAACAAAGCACCCUUUCGUUAAUUACUUUCUGGCCGGCGUCGUCUCCGGCGUCGGCCAUACGUCCUUUCUCUUUUGUUUGCAGUUUAUUUAUUCAAACAUCUUCUUCAGUCCAAAUUAAUGAUGGGGGUCUCGAGAUUGAUGAUGAGAAGAGAUGGGUUUCACCUACACUUAAAUCCACGGUGCCUGUCUCAAAUCUAUUUCCCUGACUCGUUAUUGAGUCAUUCUACCCACCACCAUAUAAAUUUGGUUUCGAUUUCACAGAGUCAUGUUGGAAAGGCACAUCCCUUGAAGAUGGACCAAAUGCCUCGUCGGUAUCGCAACCGUCGAAAAACACUCCGCCUUGCUACAAAUACUACUCUCUCUUCCAUAAUUAUGCGAUUUUGUUGGCUCCUCGUAGCCAUCUAUCUCUCUUGUAGAGCGUUUUUCCGACGUCCACUACUGUGUUAUUGUCGGCGUUCCGUCUCCGAUUGCGUUCCAUCUUCUUCUUGUAACCAAUUAGUGAUCAUUGGUCCACAAAUGAAGUGGCGUUCUCGGCAGUUGUCAUUUUCCUCCGCCAAAUGGUACGGAGAUGUAAUUUGGAUAUUUGAUCCUGGUAUCAUUGGGGCUCAGAUUGACAAUGAAGGCGACUUGAAGAAGUGUUUCAUACAGACACUGUUUCAUAGCACCGGUUCGAGACAAUCCAUAAGGAUAUGGUGGAGAGAGAUCAUGUUGUCUUUGAUUCUACGAAUAUACCUCGACAAAUUUUUGCCUUGGAUAUCAUUAUCGAUCAAGGAAGUUGGGGAGUCAUCAGUCAUUAACUUCAGCCUUUGGGGAUGUCUACAUGGAACGAGAUUUAGAAGAUGGUACUCACCAUUUCAAAAGUUAUCAGCAUUGGCUAUAACCAAGAAAGAUGUCAUCUCCUCUAGUUGGAGAUGUUUUAAUGGGAUGCGAUGUAACAGAUGGAUCGCAACCAAUAAUCGUUUUAAAGUUUAUUGGAGUUUCGUCAAAAUGAUGAUAGCCAAACACAACGAUCAUGUAGGAUUAAGGAAGAAGACGAAUAAGGAAGAUAGUGGAUUUGAUAAUUUAUUAGCGUGUAAGGCUUAUCAAAGAAAGUAGCGUUUAAUUCACUUGUUCGAUUGUAUUUUCUUCUUAAAUUUUAAUCAUUUCUUGGUUGUAUGUGUAAUGUCUGAGGAAUAAUUAUGUAAUCUCUGUUUCAAUUUUAGUGAAGUAAAGCAAGAUGUUAAAACAAAAA